CUCCACCUCUGGUAUCCUGGUUACCUUUGCCGUAGCAGUCGCUGUCUGCAUGCCAGAGCCUGUCCAAGGCACUAUUGCAUAUAUCGACGUCGAAUGACCAUGAGUUCUUGUGAUCAUUGUUCUUCACAGAGACUUGGUAUUUAGUCAGCUAUUAGUCUGGGGACUGCAAUCACUCUUGAUCGACAGGCCGCUCUUAUACUCACAGACUAUGUAUCCGGCAUCGCCCAUCUGGCUGGGAUGAGACUUGAUCUUACUCCCAAUCCUCACAAGGAACUGUGCAACUGCGAGCCUGAGUCUGGUGGUCUAUCUCACUAUACUCGAAGUAGCAGCAAUGGCCCAAGGAGACGAGUUCAAUUCGAUCUACUUGAACCAAGUCCUGGAUGGAAAAACGCGGACUGGUGCGCCUGGCGGGAAAUUCAUCCACCCUCAAGCCGAAUCCGCUCCAUGAUGAAGUGGCUUAAACGUGAGGUGUUGCCAGCUUUAGGUGGCUUGACCACCAAAGCAAAGGCUAUAGUAGAAGGACACGUGGAGGACAAAGAAUGACAUGAUUAUGCCUCCGAGUCUGGCUGGUCCGGCCUCUGAUGACAUGUAUAUGGAGUAGUACUAGCAUUACAAGUCAAUUCUUAUAUCAUUGGGACCCAAACCCAUAUUCCGGAGGCGGUGUCUAGCACCGGACAUGGUUGUAAGAGCUAUCCCGGAAGCUGUGAAGUAAUACUC